GCGAAGAAGACCCGCCAGCCAGAGGUAAAUCCGCCGCACGGAGAAAGACUCGAUUACUGCGGGAAGUGCGCGCUCCGGGGGGCUCGGGCGCAAGCAAGAGCAGCAGCAGCAGCACCGCACACGCACACUCGCGCGCGCACGCAGAAGCGGCCCACCAUGCCCAAGAACAACUACGACGACGACGAUGACGACGAUCUGCUGAUGGCGCUGCAGAGCAUGGAGCCGUGCGGCAAUUGCGGCGCCGAGGGCGCCAAGAUCCCGUGCAUGAGCGGCUGCGGAGAAGUGUUCUACUGCUCUCGGGAAUGCAACAUGCACCACGCGUCGGCGCAUCGUCUGCGCUGUCGGAACUUGCGCUGCUCCAAGUUCAACGACUCGGAGUCCGAGUCGGACUCGGACGACUCGGACGAGUACGAGACGGACUCGAGCGCCGAGUACGAGACGGACUCGGACGAGGACGAGGAAGAAGAGGAGGAGGAGGAGGAGGAGAAGCCCAAGAAGAAGAAGAAGGGCAAGAAGAAGGGCAGGAGCAAGUCCCGCCGCGUCAACAGCUCGCGCAGCGUCGAGUCCUCGGCCAGCACGCUCUCGGUGAGCGUGAGCCUCGACGCGGAUGUGGAGAAGCGCAUCGAGGAGAAGAUCCUGCGCCGCCUGAAGAAGCAGGAGGAGGCGCGCAUCUCGCAGGCCAUCGAAGCGCGCAUGCGCGAGGAGAAGGCCAACUGGCGCGACGACGAGAUGAACCGCAUCAUCAUGGAGAUGCGCGAGCGCUUCCAGAGUGAAAUGUCCUCGACGAGCUUCUGGACCGCGCUGGCCAAGAAGAACGGGCUGGAGAUGGACUCGCAGGAGAUGGUGGCGCUGCAGAAGUCCAUGGAGCACUCGUUCUUGGCCUCCAACCCGCAGUCCGAGGACAAGAUGGCGGUGCCGCUGACUGCUGAGGAGGCGGUUGCUGCCGGAGUGUCGGCUAUCGAUGGAACGCCAGAGGCCACUGUCAGCAGGCCGCGCAGCGUAUCGAAGGAGUCCUCGUGGAACAACGCGUGCGCUGCCUUUGAUGCGUUGCGUGUGGUGGUGUGGAAGCAUAGCUUCUUGCCGCGCCUGCGCUUCCGCGCGGACGAUGCGACGAACGUUUGGAACACGGUCACGGAGCUGGACGCAGACGAAUCGUUCGCCCACAUUUGCGUGGGCGACAAGAUCCUGUCGAUUAACGGACGUGCUAUCGACGAUACUGUGUGCACGGAGGACGACCUGAACGACAUUUUCGCAGCGUACGCGUCGCCGAUUAUCAUGAAAUUCGAGGCAGGUGACCCAUCCCCGGAAAACUGCAAGGUGCACGACUACACCGUGACGUGGUCAAACGGUCCGUUGGGUGUGACACUGAAGGACGACUGCGCCACGCAAAAGAUUCCGAUCGUGAACCGCUUGACUAAGAAGGCUGGAUCGGUGGCUGUGAAGCAGAACAUCGCCAUUGGUGACGUGCUGGUGGCUAUUAACAACAUUGACACUAUCCAGCUCGGUUGCUCGCUGUCCAUGUCAAUCCUCAAGAAGGUGCAGUUGCCGGCGAAGCUGCGAUUCCGUGGUGUGGGUGGAUCUGCGCCAGGAACGGCGUCAAACAACAACAGUGCCCCCGAGGUGCCGCCGCGAAGCAGCGUGACAGUCUCGCGUGCCCCCUCCUCGCUCAAGCCGGAAAACAUCUCGAUUGACGAGCGUGCGCCGUCGGUGAUGAACUUCAGCAUGAGCAUGUCACGCCCAAGCAAGUACACUGUUAACUGGGGUGAAGGACCCUUGGGUCUCACUAUCAUCCCGGGUCUGAACGAGGGAGACCUCCCUGUGAUCAAGAAGGUGACUGGCACAGGUACCUCGGUGGGUAUUGACAAGGCGCAGGUGGGCGAUUUCUUGGAGAGCAUGAAUGGGAUCGAGACGGGCACGAUGCACUUUGAAGACGUUGUGUCUUACUUGAAGACUGCGCCCAAGCCUGUGUUGCUGCGCUUCCGCGCCGCGCUUGACGAGGAUGAUGCCAGGGGUGCGUCUUCUUCAUACCGUAGCAACGGUACGGCGCUGUCCGCCAAAAGUGACACCAGCAAUCACUCGAGCUACAGUGCCCCAGUGCGCGCGAGCCCACCGGCGCCAGCGCCGAUGCCUCCCCCAAGUAAUCACGCUACCGAGAUUGUGAGGCAAGUAUCGCGCGAGCCACCGAGUGACGUGUACAAGGUGGUGUGGGGAUCAGGCCCUCUCGGUCUUACGAUUGAUGCGAAGGAUGACGCACCGGGCGCGUUUAUUAAGCGAAUCGCUGCUCAGGGUGCAGCGGCUCACCUCUCGCAGGACUGCCUUGGUGACGAUGUGACUCAUAUCAAUGAUAUGGACGUGACGCACGUGAUAUUCCAGGACAUUGUGGCACACCUGAAGAACGUGCCACGCCCGGUGACUCUUUUCUUCAGGCGCAAGUCUGCCCAGCCGCACCAUGAACGUCAAGGCUCCUAUUCGUCGAACUCCGGUGGGAGCUCACCACCAGUUCAGUACGAGGCUCCUGCUCCAAGCCACAGCCGAAAGGCAGCGCUAGCCGCGGCCGGAGAGGACAACGGUGUGCAGUUUUACAACGUCGUCUGGCAAGAUGGUACACCUCUGGGUCUUUCGCUGCGCGGCGCUGACAACACCUGUGAAUACCCAUACAUCACUCGUGUGACGGGCACAGGUAGUGCUGCUCAUUUGCCGCAAACUGUGAUGAACGACUGCUUGAUCUCGGUGGAUGGACGCAGCGUACAUGUUCGUGACAAGUCGUUCGAGGAAGUCAUGACACUACUCAAGGUGAUGCAGAAACCGCUUACGUUGAAGUUCCAGGUGCGAAACGUGGGUAGUAGCCAGCCGCGCGCACCAGCGCCAGCACCAGCUCCGGCACCGGCACCACACGCACCUCAAUAUCACCGGGCACCGUCUCCGUCUCCUCCGCCUGCGCCGUCUCAGCAGCAACAGCCACCGCAGCGUAAGGUGAUAAAGACUCAAGAGUCGUACACAUGGCGGCAGAACCGAGCUCCGCCUCCGCCGAUACCUGCUCCGCAACCUCUGGCGCAAUCGUAUAACCAGGGUUCGUCGAAUCCCAUGACGCACCAGAAUAGUAAUAAUCUUAGUAGGAGUGUCGUGAGCAGCGGCAACGAUCGUGGCCUCGGCGCUGGCGUGACGUCGGGCAACGCGGACAAGUUCAGCAGCAUCCAGGCUCCCUUCCUCGUGCAGAACAAGCUCUCGACCGGCCGUCGGCAAAAGAUGCUGAAGGGGCUCAAGAAGUAG